CCCUGUAUAUAAGAGUCGUGUAACAAACGGCCGUUUUUACACCCCACGCAUGGUUUCUUGGUUCACAGCAGAGUCCGAUGGGCAUCCUAACUAAGCUAAAGCGCGUUAGUCUGUACAAACAUUUAGUUAAUAGUCGUGAAGAGGCAGUUGCCUCCGGCUGCCUGGCUUCGGCGGUUCAGUUUGGUCAGCGCUCUCAACGAGGAGAGUUGUUCGUUGGAAUCGGGGGCUUAUUGCACCGAACAACGAAUUUUUAUCCUCACGAUAGUGAACGUGUAAAGAACCCCUUUUGAACGCUCGACCUUUGACUCUAUAGAGUUGAAGCAAAAGCCCUAACUGCAGGCGCCGGUCGUCGCUCUCUGUCUUCGAACUUCUCUGCGAUUAUCUGGAUUAUCGUUAUCAGAACACUUCUCCUCUGGACUGCGUACAAGAUUUUAAACCCAUCAUGCUACCUCGAUUGGUAUCACCAAUAAUUCUGCUACUUGUACUUAUAGGUACACUGUCACGGGCCUGUGAUUUGGAUCAAAUGCAAUAUGGAUGUCGUAUUUACAACGCACAAUGCAGGUGCGGUUACGGAUGUUCCGCCGAAUACAGAUAUAAUAAUAAUGAAGACUGCAAAGAAGCUUUAAGAGGUAGACGUGGGGACAUAUGCUACAGGUCAAAACCUUGCUUGAACGGCGGAUCAUGCUUGCAAAUAUCAUCGGACCCUGGGUAUAAAUGUCGUUGCGAAGGUACUGGUUACUACGGAUCACAUUGUGACAAACCUUGCCCAGGGCCAAAUAAUAACCAACGCUUUAGAGGACCGUUUCCUUACGAGUGCGUUAUAAUUUGAUCUGCAACGUUUAUCUUCUCAUCUAUCCGAAAUCAAAUACAUUCAGUAUGUUAAGUACAAAAAAUAAACAUAUUCUGCGGUAAUUUACACAUCUUUGUACAUACAUAAUAAACAUAUUGUAUAUAUCAUAA